AUGUCUGACGAGUGGAAAAAAGAAUUUGCGUCUGUGGACGUGCAUUCAGAUUCUGCUACUGAGCUGAAAAUGGAUGCAAAGUUGGAAGACAAUUCAAACACUGAUGGGAAGCUGCCACUGCCAAAGGCAGAUGAAGAUGCUGUUGAUGUUGAUGUUGCAAUCAAGCAAGAAGGUGAAUCGGAGCCUGCGCCACGUGAGGAACUUGCAACUGAAACUCCAGCCAAAAAAGAGGCUAGUGUGGACCCCACUAUUUCUGAGCAACCACCUUUGAAAAAAGUUAAGCUUGAAGAAGAAGAUGACGAUGUUGAUAAUGGCAUCAAGCAAGAAAAUGGCUCUAACAAAGUCAAUGGGUCCACCGCUAUUAAAGAAAAUGAACUUCAUGUGGUAAAAGCACAACCACGCCCAAUUGUUGUUGUGCCACCAGCUAAACCAGAGUUGUUUUAUAUUCCCCUAAAGACAGGUUUGGUAUAUGAUGUCAGAAUGAGAUACCAUGCCAAGAUUUUCACGUCCUAUUUUGAGUACACUGACCCGCAUCCAGAGGAUCCACGUCGUAUAUACCGAAUUUACAAAAAAUUAGUCGAAGCCGGACUCGUUCAAGAUUAUUCGCUAUCAGGUAUUGAUGAAUUGGGUCCUUAUAUGCAAAAGAUUCCAAUAAGAGAAGCAUCAGCCGAUGAAAUAUUAGAGGUUCACUCAGAAGAGCAUUUGAAGCACAUUCAAUCUACAGAGACAAUGACCAAAGAUGAGUUAUUGAAAGAAACGGCGAAUGGAGAUUCCAUCUAUGUCAAUAACGAUUCAUUUUUCUCGGCCAAGUUAUCUUGCGGUGGUGCUAUUGAGGCGUGCAAGGCCGUGGUUGAAGGAAGAGUUAAAAAUUCACUUGCUGCAGUCAGACCUCCUGGACAUCAUGCUGAACCAGACUCUCCUGGUGGGUUUUGCUUGUUUAGUAAUGUUGCAGUAGCUGCCAAAAAUAUUUUAAAAUCAUACCCUGAAUCAGUACGAAGAAUAGUCGUUCUUGAUUGGGAUAUCCACCACGGUAACGGAACCCAAAAAGCAUUUUAUGAUGAUCCAAGGGUGUUGUACAUUUCACUACACAGAUACGAAAAUGGUAAAUUUUAUCCAGGAACCAAGUAUGGUGGGGCUGAGCAAGUUGGAGAAGGUGCUGGUGAGGGCUUCAACUUGAAUAUCCCUUGGCGAUCACAUGGAAUGCACGAUGGCGACUACGUGUAUGCAUUUAACAAGAUAAUCAUCCCAGUCAUGCUAGAAUAUGACCCUGACUUGAUCAUUGUCAGUUCAGGAUUCGACGCAGCCGAUGGGGAUGUAAUCGGUGCGUGCCACGUCAGUCCUGCGGGAUACGGGUACAUGACCCACUUGUUGAAAGCGAUAGCUAGAGGAAAAUUGGCAGUUAUUCUCGAAGGUGGAUAUAACUUGACAUCGAUUAGUAACAGUGCAUUGGCUGUGGCCAAAGUGUUACUUGGUGAACCACCCGAAAAUACGAUCAAAAUGCAACCUCAUGGAGACGCGAUCGAGGUUGUUGACGAAGUUGCUAAAAUACAAUCCAAAUAUUGGAAAUGCUUGAAACCGGGAAUACCAAAGACUGUAUUUGACGAUGUGUAUGAUCUACCUGACCUUGAUAAAGAAAGGUACAAGUUAUCCAAUAUAGCUGAUCCAAUACGAACCUACCAAAACAACGAGGCAUUCUCCAGAAAGCAAUUCAUCAACCUUCCAAUUAUUAAUCACGAUAAGGGUGAUAAAAAGACUGCUGACUUUACGUGCGACUUGCCUCAACAAGCAGAGGAGUUAAUAAUGGCAAGUCCAGAUAUCUUUGAUUGCACGUCUAUCGUAGUAACAAUACAUGAUCCACCAGAAAUAUGGGCAAAUAUAAACCCCACCACUGGUAUUAUCGACAGCAACUCAUCAAUAGUAUUAGAGCAACCAUUGUUUCAGAUCAUGGACAAAGUGGAGAAGGAAAAAGAUAAAGAUAACAAAGACAAAAUUGGUUAUAUUGAUGUCAAUGUUCCUUCUUUCCAGUUGCCAAUACCCGGCUUGUCAACAACUCAUGAGUCAUCAUAUAACCCAACCAUUUUUGCCCAAGAGGUACUUUUAUACCUUUGGGACAACUACAUCUCAUUCUUUGCCAAUUUGAAAAAGUUGGUCUUUGUCGGAUUUGGGGAUUCUUAUCAAAGUAUAGUUCACUUAUUCAGCAAGCGUCCAUCAGCAGAUAUCAAAAGCUUGGUCAAAUUCACCAUCGCUUACGUCAAUAGAACGCCAUUGAAACCUAUAAAUCCAGUCAUGGAUGAAAGUAUGGUUGAUUGGUUUUACCACAAUUCGACAAUUUUCACCAGUAAUUUAAAUGCUUGUUGGAGUAAUUCUGGUAAUGGAUCAUCAUCGGGUGAUUCUAAUGGGGAUGAGAUUAAACGACCAAGAAGAAAAUUUGGUCGCGUUUUGAAAGCUAAAGGAGAUGGAUUAUUUGAUGUAAUUAAUGAGAAAUUUGAUGAAGGUGUAGACAACAUUUUGGAUAGCAUAGAGGACUACUCGAGUUCGGAGGAGUGA